AAGGCGAAUGGCGUACAUCAGCAAACUCGACGUGACUGACGACUCGCGCCUCUCGCGCCCUUUUCCGACGAUUCUCCCCUCCAACUCUCGCGGUCUGAACACUCUGCGAACAUAAGUACCUGGAGUACGGCGUAGACGCGACUACUGCAUAGAUUUCGCGGCCUCUACGUAACAAUCUAUGAGUACAGUCCGGAUGGUGUAAGUGUGUGAGAAGCGAAAACGGGUCAUUAUACGCGCGUCAGCCAGCGUAUAACCUAUAAGUAGGCAGUGCUUGUAUAUUGCGUGAGCGUCACUUGAUGUUGCCGAGGGUGCCUGUGGCGGCCCACAGGAGGUAGUGGAGCAUCGCCAGGAGUAAAGAAUCCAGCGCCAAAGCCUAGUCAUUAUGUCGAGGAAACGCAAACUCUCGAACCUAGCCGACCGCUGUCGGUUUUGCUUGGCGCGCGACGUCUGUAUGAACGACUUGUUCGUCGACUGGCUCAAGCCCAAGCUCCACGACCUCGAGAAAUGUUCAUCUGUCGAGGUAUUGGAUAAACCGAACUACCCUAAAAGCAUAUGUUAUGUGUGUCUUUAUAAAAUAGAAAUGUGGAGUGAAUUUAAAUUACAAUUUUUAAAAACAAAUAAAACCCUAUCGUCACAUUUUAAAUAUGCUGAACCAUCACAGGAAAAUGUUGCAGACAAAUUAAUAAACUCAAAUGAUACUGGAGACUUGAACUCAGAUAAUAACCAGAAACGACUAAAAAUUGAUAUUCAAGGAGCUGAACCAGUUGAAACUUCUAAGAAACUAAAUGAAACAAGCAUUCGAAGUGCACCAUUGGCUGAACCUCUGUUAGCAACUCAAAAUGAAGGAUCAAACGAAAAUAUUCUCUCAGAUACGUUACGUGGUUCCAAUAAAGAAGAUAAAGGAACUGCCUCUGCUACAAAAACUCAACCAUCUGACAGUUCAAUCACGAAUUCGAGGAAAAGUGGUGGUCGUAGUAGAAAAAUUGAACGUGAAGCUUUUACCAAACGCUGGGAGGAGCGUAAAAAUGCACUGAUCGCUGCAACUGGUGAAGUUCCUUCAGAAAGCGAUUCUGAUAAUGGUGCACAGUUGUCACCAGUGCAAAAAGCAAGAGCCAGAUCAAACAAUGAAAAAGAACAAGAGAAUCAAAGGCGAAAAAUUGAAAAGGCUUUGAAAAACUUACAAACUAACAUGACUGAAAAGUAUAGAAUUAAUCAGGAUGAUAUUAUUAUUGAUGUGGAACGGAAGACAAGAUCGAGAAGAACGCAUGUCGAUGAUAAGCAAUCGAAAGAAACCAAAAUCGAAUCUUCCAAGUCAACACUGAAUGAUAUGAAAUUGGAACAUUCAAUAAUUAGCACAAAAGAAAAUGAUAAAAAGAAGGACGCAAAAGAAACUUCGAAAUCACCAAUUAAAGAAUCAGAAAAAAAGUCUUUUCCUAAUAAAGAACUGGAUCAAUCAGUAACAAAUGAUGUAGAAGCAAUGGAAUUAUCUACACCGGUCAAUGAAACAGAAAAUCAACCUGAAAAUUUUGAGAACAUAGAGGAACAUUUUGAAGCAUUGGACAAUAAUACAGGUUCUGCAGAUGUAGAUAAUGACGCUAUGGAUGUUGUCUCUGGAGUAAAUAAGUUUAAUGACUCUUUUACACCUCAGCUGGUUUCGUCUGAAGUAUCCAUAGGAAAUGCCACUUACAUUGUUACAACGACGCUGGAUUUCCCUGAUUCAUUUUCAUCGAAAAGCGAUAUUUCAUUGAAAACAAAUGGAUUAAACAUUGAUGCGACCAGUCAGGAUGGCCAAAAAGUUGACGUUUUAAAUGCCGUAGAAUUGCAGCGAGUACAGUCUAAAAAUACGAAUGACUCUGUGAACAAACAAAACAGUGAUGUACAAAAAUGUCUCAAAAUUGAGAUUGAAGGUAUGGAAGUAGAAGCUCUACAACGCGUACAACUUGAACUGGAUCAUUUUGUGAAAGAGGAAAUCAGGAAACGUGUAAUGGAUGAAACACUUGCAAAGCGCAAAACUGAUAAAAAAUCGAUCAAAUUCAAGGAUACCUAUCAGACGCUUGACCACCAAUUGAAAACUAUUAUCGAAAAAAUACUCCGAACGAAUUAUGAAGCUGAAAAGAAUUGUGAAAGAAACUGGUCGAUCAACAAUAAAAAGAUUUCGGUGGAAUUUCUCAAGGCGGCAAAGAAAUCACCUGUGUUUCAACCUAAGGUAGCAAUAUCCCGACUAAACAUCAGUAAACUUUGUAAAACUUAUCAAAUAAACAAUCUGCAUAUACUUGAAAAAGCAAAGCGGCAGAAAGGUCUGGUAGGUCCAUUGAGCAGGACACUUGGCAAGCGCAAACAUGUUCUACCAAAGAAAUAUGACGGAUUUUCAUUAAGUUUGAAACCAGAGGAUGAUGAAAGGUCACAAACUACAACAAAAUCUGUCUCAAAUAAACCGUCCACCCCUGUGCCUGUUGCGCCAUCUAAAAUUGUAGAAACUAAUUCAGAUACUUCGAUGAAUAUAUCACAAUUCUGUGUGGAUUACGAUAUAGAAGACAGCACAUUAUCGGUUAAUGAUAAGCCAUCAGAAACAAAUAAAACAGCGCAAGAAUCGGCUGUUGAAGCAGCGCCAACGAUCGGGUGCUCAGAAUCAGCAGUUGAAGAACGACGUUCGCCUAUCGUAAAAGAAACGACGAACAAACCUUUACCCGAGAUUGUAGAUAUAUCUUCUGAAUCUCCUGCUGAUUUAAUAGAGAACCAAGUUAUAUCAACGCCUCUCAGCGCAGAAAAGGCAAUCGAAUCUUCAGUUUUUAUAAAAGAAAAAGCAACUAAACCUUCAUCUCUCCCAGUAGAAAAAUCCACGAAAUCUACAUCUGUAAACGAGCAACCACUCCUAACUCCUUCCGGGGUAACUGAAUUACCGGUUAUUAAAUCGAAACCUCUACCGGUGAUAUAUCCAAAAAUGAAGGAUAUUGCAAGACCAGUGAUAACGGUAAUGAAUAGUAAUAAAUCAGUUUCAUCUCUACCAUCUAUAGCGAGCAGACAGACAAAUACAAUUGUUAACUCAGCAAAUAAAGUUCCAGCAUCGCCAGCCAAACUUCCAUUACCAUCUCUAAUGAACAAAAAUUCUAUGAAGAAUAGUACACCUGUAAAUAACACUCAUAAGCCUGGAAAACGUCAACGACACAUAUGUGGCAUCUGCGGUUUAGAAUUAUUUUCAAAAGAAGAUGCUGAAACACAUGUAAAAAACCAUACAGUGGAACCAACACCUGUUGCAAAAAGCCCGCCUACCGCAAACAUUGCACCUACACCGCUGUUGCAAUCAACGAAACCUAAGCCCAAGCUUAUGAGAUGCAAGAGGUGUCAAGCAAUCGUUGAAGCUAGGAACGUCAAAACUCAUGUUUGCGACUCUGUCAAAUAUAAAUGUAGGCUUUGCGACUGCAGUUUCGGUGCGGAACAUUUGUUAGUUGCGCAUCUUGAAACUCAUACGCAGAUUGUUACGAAACCAAAUACAAUGAAGCCACCUGCGACAUCGACAGUAAAGAAAAAUGCCGUUAAAGAACCUCAGCGUAUGGUCAUUACAAAAGAAAAUUAUAGAAAGAUACCUGAACAUGACCAAGAAGAAGAUCUAGAAGAAAUGCUUUCAGAGAAAGAGCCGCAGGGUUACUCAUGCUUUGUUUGUGACAAGGUUUUCGUCGACGAGGAACAAAUGAAGGACCACUUGCAAAUGCAUUGUGAAGAGAUAAGUGACGAAAGCAAUGAAAAAGGCUUUCAAUGUGCUUUUUGUGGUGAAAAAUUCCAAACAGAAGAAUCACUGGAGACACACGUCGGCGAUCACUUGCUCGAAGAUGGCGAUGAAAAGAUUAAUAUGCUCAUCAGCAUGGGAUCAAAACGUGAUAAACAGAAAAAGUCAAUGUUUAGGUGCGAGCAAUGUUCUGAAACGUUCAGCUCGUCGCUGCUUUUGGCAAUGCAUCUUCCUAUGCACGAGGAGGAAGAAGCAGCCACUAUGAUAGCUGAAUAUGAGAAACAACAACAACAACAAGACGCAGAGCAAGAUCAUCACUUUUGUGUUGUUUGCGAUGAAGUUUUUGAUACAGCAGAAGAGUUGUCUGAGCAUCAAGAUGUGCAUAAUGGAAAUGCACACGUUUGCAUAUUAUGCGAGAAGUCCUUUUCAAGCAUUAAAGACCUGCAAGAACACGUUUCAACUCACUUGUAGAAAGAUGUUUAUGCAGAUGAUAAUUUUUUUUAUGUUUAGAUGAAACAGAACUCUAACAGAUGAAAAAUGCAGUUUUAUUUGAUGAGGAAAAUUCAUAUUUUAUUUUUGUGUGUUUAUCGACUCUAAUAAUUGCAAAAUGAUGUUAUAAAUAAGUACUCAUAAAUGAUUGUUACGAAAAAUUACAUCUACCGCUAGUUGUUGUACAAUUUUUAUAAUAAGAACACUCGUUAAGUAAAAAUUGUAUGCAAAAGGUGUUUAUAGCACUGGGUGGAAUAAAUCCGCUGUCACGCCUAUCCGUGGCCUAAACAGUCCAUUUUUGCACCGUGCAGUUAGCGCCCGAGCGUAGCGAGGGCGAUCAACACAUUGCAAUAAUGGACUAUUUAUGCCACGGAUAGGCGUGACAGCGGAUUUAUGCUAGUCAGUGCUAUAAAAUAGUUUUAUUCAUACAAGUAAAAAACAUCACUGAGCUAUUAUGAGACAUUUUUAUAAUGAGGGGUCAUAAUAAGAUAAGAUAUAUAUAUUUAUAUAUAAAUUACAAAUUUAAUACAUUUUUGUUCUUUCGAUUUUUUUUACUUGAAAUCAAUUUUUAGUUGAAAUUAAUGACUGGUUUAUAAGUAAUCUUUAUAAAUAUAAUGACCUGAUUAAUAUUUGGUAAUUAAUUAAUUAUGACACAUCUUAUAAAAUGCUCUAUAUUAGUAGAAUUAUUAACUUCAAAUUGAAACUUUGAUUGUCAGAAAAAUAGAUUGAAUAAUAAAUGUAUCUUAAAUAUAAAAUAUAUAUGUAAUUAUGACCCCUUAAAAGAAAGCAGCACGAUGCGUUAACAAAUUGUGAAUACUAUAAAAAAAAGAAAUUAAUCUUAAUCUUAUUAUAAUUUAGAUAUAUUUUUUUAUGGAAAUAGAAUCGCGAAGAAGUGACGAUUAUCACGAAAUUAUUAGAUCAGAAAUAAUUUUAUUUAAUUAGUAUAUACAUACGAUAAACACUGUAGUGUAACAUGAUUUAAUUAAGUCUUCUUGUUUGUGUUUUGCUAGAAAAUAUUUUUGAAAUCGGGUAAUCCGGUGAAAAUUUCCCAUUAGUCUUAUAAUAUUGUAAAUAGUAUGUCUUUAAAAGACAUAAGAUUUUUUCUAUAUUAUAUUAUAAUGUAAAAAGUCAUAUUAUCACCUACUGAAAUACCUUGAAAUCAAUGUGCGUAAUUGUGUUAUUUUUUGAUGACGUAUACGAAGUAGGUAUGUAUGUGCAUGUAUGAAACGAUUUAAAACUAGUAUGUAAAAAUACAUUUUUUUUUUUU